AAAAAAUUUUCUCUCUCUCUUCCCAAUUCCUCUCUUUUUUGCUUUCUACGCUUCGUGCAUCAGCGCUACUUUUUAAACAACCACAACUUUUAAUCAUUUUUAGGUGGUUACCUUUACUCGGCAAAAAGAGUCUUUCUGCUCGGUCUAAAGGAAACGAAAAAUGACGUUCUCGCUACCGCAACGCCUCCUGGCCAACCGCCAGGUCUUCUCCAACUGGCGCCACUUUGUGCUUAUCCUUGUCAUCGGACAGAUCCUGUCGCUGUGCAUCACGUCGACGUCGGUGCUGUCGAACAAGCUCGCCAACUACCUCAACGUGACCAUUCCGAACUUCCAGAGCUUUCUGGUGUAUCUGCUGCUGCUGAUCGUGUGGCUCAACAUCAAGCAGCGGUAUUACUGGUACAUCCUGCUCGCGGCAGUCGAUGUCGAGGGCAACUACUUUGUGGUCAAGGCGUACAGCUACACGUCGCUGCUGUCGUGCAUGCUGCUGGACACGAUGGACUCUGCCGUGGUGCGGUUCCGGUGGACCCAGAUUCUGGGCGUGCUGCUGUGUCUGGGCGGCAUGGGGUUGCAGAUCAAGGGUGACAUGGAUAACGGCAAAAACUACUCGGCUAGCGAUGCCGCCAAGGGCGACAUCUUUAUGCUGAUCGGCGCCACGUGCUACGCAGUGUCCAACACGACUGAGGAGUUCAUUGUCAAGCACCGUCCGCAGUAUGAGACCGUGGCGUGGCUCGGGUUCUUUGGCACCAUCAUCAACGGCGUCCAGAUGGCCAUCAUUGAGCACAAGCGCAUCGGCGAGCUCAAGUGGACCGGCGAGGUCGUCGGAUACACGCUCGGAUUCGAUGCGGCCAUGCUGGUGCUGUACUCGAUCGCGCCGUUCCUGUUCCGUCUCAGCUCGGCCUACUACAUGUUCCACGACAAGAUCACGCCCAUCUACGCCGGUGCGUUCGUUAUGAUUGUGUCUGGACUAUUCGUCUACCAUGUCUUCCCGUACGACCAGCCGCAGCAUAUGGCGAAUGUGUGGGGAUUCCGGACACCCGUUAUUGGCGAUCUGGACCAGAGACCUGUUGCGCAGGCCGACCCAGAGGAAGGUGUUGGCUCAGAUAUUGUCAAGCCGGCGGUGCAGCCGCAGGUGGCCAGGACCAGAUCUGGGGCGUCUGGUAGCAGCAACCCGCGUGAUUUCGCUUGAGCAAAGCAUUUGGAGGGAGGCAAAAGUAUGCUUAUUGUUGUAGGACUGUAGGCGACUCUUUAGCUAGACCGCUCGCCUUUCCACAGCACUGUCCCACUUCCUCAAAGCUGAAAGCGAGAUUGCGCGAUUUGUUAUAUACUGAGUAACCUAUUAGUCUUGCUACUUGGUGCGCUUAGCGCAUCCAUUUAAUCAUAUUUCCUCCUUUCCUAGAAAAACAUAACACGAACACCAUGA